AUGUAUUCAAGAAGACUGUUUCUCGUACAAUUUGAAAUCCUAUGGAUUUUAUCCCUACCUAUUAUCAUUUAUUCUCUGCAUAAUCAGAAUGGCAGUAUUGUUAGUGAAGUUGAACAUAUUGAUAAUACUACCCUUUAUCAAAUAUUAUCAGUGGAGAAACACGUUGUUGUUUACUUCUAUAAACACACCACAAAGCAGAAAUCAAUUAUCAAACAGUAUCAUGACAUGGUUAAUAAAAUUAAUGAAAGUGGACUUCCAGUUUUAGCAUUUACCCUCUGUGCUACAUACUAUGAAGAUGUGGUAGAAAAAUUAAAUAUUUAUUCGCCAUCGAUUACAUACUUUUACAACGGUGGGCAAUUAAAAUAUGAAUUUAAAGAAACGAGAGGAAUCAAUGAACACAACACCAACUUAAUGUAUGAAUGGAUAAAACAAAAAUUAGCUUCCCCUAUAAAGCUGUUAAGAAAUUUAAAUGAAGCAAAAGAACUUGUCAGUAACAAUAAAUUGAUUUCAAUUAUCUUUAUGAAGGACAUCAGCCAAGAAGUACUCAGUAAUCUUAGUUUUGUCGCUCAACAAGUUGAUUAUAUUGCCUAUGGUUUAGUUUAUAAUCGAACAGUUCAUGAUCACUUCAAUGUAACUGAUCAGAAAUUAUUGCUCAUUAGAAAAGAAACGAAUAACGCUGAGAUACGCUGCAACUUUGUUGAUAAUGGUGAAGUCAACUCACUUUUUGCCAAACAACAUGGUGUUCAUGUGGGUUAUGGUUAUCCACGAUUUCAAUUAGUAGUUAAUUCGAAAUCAACGUCAACACUUCAUUACCGUUUAACUGGUGGCAAUAUCGAAUUUGGACAAAAGAAGUUUAACGAUCCUAGUCUAACGAAAAUUAUAGAAACAGAAGAAAUCAAAAUAUUUUUCAGUAGGCUCCUUCAAGACAAAUUAUCACCUUUUUACAUCAGUGAACUUAUCCCACAGGAUGAUGUUGGAAUUCAUGACGAUGAGAAUUUGGCACAUAUACCUUCAUGUAAUGUACCUAAAGCAUCUCAGAAUAAACUCAGUCAAUUUCAUAAUGUAAAUUUUAUAGCAGCGAAUUGGUGUAUCGGAUGCAAUCGAACUAUACAUGAAUAUUUUACAAAAUUAGCUGAACAUUAUUAUAAACAUGGUCGCAAUGAUUUAUUAUUCGGUUACUCUAACUAUGAGCUAAAUGAAUAUGAAGGGCUGAAAGCCAAAAAAAUGCCUAGAAUUAAAAUUUUUCCUCGGCAAUCAACAGAACAGAUAGAUUUUGAAGGGCCAGAAACGUUUGAUCAUAUCAGGAAGUUUAUAGAAACUGUAGAAGUUAAUUCUAAUUCAAAUGAAGUAAGUUUCGAGUUUGUAAUUUAA